AUGUCGGACAGCAAGCCGACGUCCACCGAGCCAGAGACCGCCAAGCUCGCCGGCUUGAACCUGGGCUCAGAGUCUAAGACCGCCAAUGGCACGAACCCCUCGGCCAGCACCUUCACGCCCUCAAAAUUCAGCUGGGCCGACGACGAGGAAUCUUCCGCAGCAGCAAAGAGCGACGAGAAGAAAGAUGACGUUAGCAAGUCACAAAUUGAUGGCGCCAGCACUUGGUUGCAUGGCUCGCGCGGCUUGGACGAGCCCGAGUUCGAUGUCAACGUCAAGCUGGCCGAUCUGCAAGAAGACCCUAACAACCCGCUGUAUUCCAUCAAGAGCUUCGAGGAGCUCAAUCUCAAGGAGGAACUACUCCGAAGCUUGUCGAUCAUGGCUUUCCAGCGCCCGUCGAAGAUCCAGGAGCGCGCACUCCCACUCCUUCUCAAAAACCCGCCGCAGAACCUGAUCGGCCAGUCGCAAUCUGGGACAGGCAAGACCGCCGCUUUCGUUCUUAACAUGCUGCAACGCGUGGACCUGAACUCAAAGAAGCCGCAGGCUAUCGUGCUGGCACCCACGCGUGAGCUUGCACGUCAGAUUGCUGGUGUUGCUCAAUUGAUGGGAAGCAUGCUCGAGCGUAAUGGACUUGUAAUCACUGAGGCUGUUCGCGAUCCCAACAACCGCGGCAACGUGGAAGGUCAGGUCGUUGUUGGUACAGCAGGCACCAUCGUCGAGAAGCUCAAGCGCCGGCAGAUUGAUCCCCGCGAAAUCAAGAUCCUCACCCUUGAUGAGGCUGACAACAUGCUCGAUCUCCAAGGAAUGGGUGAUCAAUGCAAGCGGGUCAAGGCGCUCUUGCCCAAGAACACACAGAUCGUUCUCUUCUCUGCCACCUUCCCGCCACAGGUCUUCUCAUUCGCCGAGCAAUUCGCGCCUGGUGCCAACCAGAUCACUCUGGAAGUCGAGCAGCUCACGGUCAGGGGUAUUAAGCAAAUGUACCUUGACUGUCAGAACGAUGAGGAGAAGUACGCUGCAUUAACGAAAUUCUACGGACUGAUGACCAUUGCAUCGUCGAUCAUCUUCGUCAAGCGUCGCGAUACGGCUGCUGAGAUCGAGCGGAGAAUGACCGCAGAAGGCCACACAGUCGCGUCACUCACUGGAGCUUUGGAGGGCAGUGACCGCGACGAGGUCUUCCGCAAGUUCCGAGAUGGCGAAGCCAAGGUCCUCAUCACCACCAACGUGCUUGCCCGUGGUAUCGAUGUCCAGACUGUCACUAUGGUUGUGAACUACGACAUCCCCGAGACUGUAGAUGGCCAGCCAGACUUUGAGACAUACCUCCACCGCAUUGGCCGCACUGGGCGUUUCGGCCGCACCGGUGCAGCACUCAGCUUCGUCCACGACCGCAAGAGCUGGCAGCAACUGAUGUCAAUCUGCAGGCACUUUAGUGUUGAGCCAACGAAGCUUGACACUGCCGACUGGGAGAACGUCGAGCGACUGUUGAAGAGCAUCAUGAGGAACUCGCGUAAUGCAGUUCAGGAAAUUGACAUGUCUUGA